ACGUCACUUCCUCAAGUUAUUUCCAUUUGUUUGUGGCAAACGCCAGCAGUUAUCUUCUACCUUAUACACCAAAGACAACGAGACUAUUGUGAUUUUCAGUAUGUCAGGGUGGAAACAGCAGUGCCUUUCAUUUCUCUGUACUGCUGUACUCUGAAAUUACGCAAAAAAUAUAGUGGCUUUCAGACGUGUAAGCGUUAGCAAAGACAGGAAAACGUGCGUUCGCGAACAGAAGUAACGCUAGUUGGUCAGCUAACCUUAGCUAGCUAGUUUAGGUUAAUUGGCUAACUAUUGUUAGCUCCCUUGUUCCUGGUACCGUCUGUGCUGUGGUGUUGGCUAACAUUAGCUGACUUACUCGCGAUUGUACACUGAUGGAGUGCCCUCAUCUGAACUCAAACGUGAGCAGUUCUAUCGAUUCCUCCAGGUUCCCUAACGGUACUCCUUCCUCCUGGUGCUGCAACGUUUGCCGGUCCAAUAAAAGCCCAUGGGUUUGCCUUACCUGUCUGGUGGUCCACUGUGGAAGAUAUGUCAAUGGACAUGCAAAGAAACACUUUGAAGAGAGCCAAGUCACUGGUGUUAGUCAAAAGAAGGGUGAGAAACAGGAGAAAGAGAAAUCCCAUCAUUCUGUCUGCAUGGACUGCAGCAACCACAGUGUAUUCUGUUACAGAUGUGAUGACUUUGUCGUCAAUGACACCAAACCCGGGCAGGUGCAGAAGAUGAGGGAGCAUCUUCAGAGUUUAGAAAACGCAGCACUGAUGGGGGACAGGCCGAGGAAAAGGAAAUUUCAGGAAAGCCUAGUUCCAGACGGCAAGUUGGUAAAAGACAAUGAUGGGGUGGCGUUAGGUGCUACAGGCCUGCGGAACUUGGGCAACACGUGCUUCAUGAACGCCAUUCUGCAGUCCCUCAGCAACAUCGAGCAGUUCAGCUGUUAUUUCAAAGAGCUGCCUGCAGUGGCUCUGCGCAGUGGUAAGACGGCAGGAAGAAGGAUGUACCACACCCGCAGCCAAGGGGACAACAGUGUGUCUUUGGUGGAGGAGUUCAGGAAAACCCUUUGUUCCCUGUGGCAGGGCAACCAGUCCGCCUUCAGUCCAGACUCCUUAUUUUAUGCUAUAUGGAAAAUCAUGCCAAGUUUCAGGGGCUACCAGCAGCAGGAUGCUCAUGAGUUCAUGCGUUACCUGCUGGACCACCUACACCGGGAGCUCCAGUACAGUCGCAAUGGGGCGUCUCACCCGGUCUCACCUCAGGAUGGGGUCAGACUCUCCACCGCAGAGGGCAAAUGCUGCAUAAAUGGGACUGCCAGUGUUGUCACAUCAAAUUUUGGUGGGAUACUUCAGAAUGAAGUCAACUGCCUGAUCUGUGGGACAGAAUCUCGGAAGUUUGAUCCAUUUCUUGAUCUGUCUUUGGACAUUCCCAGCCAGUUCAGACAAAAGAGAAGCAAGGACCAGGAGCCAGGGCCAACAUGCACCUUACGUGACUGCUUGCAUAGCUUCACUGACCUGGAAGAACUUGAUGAAACAGAGCUGUACUAUUGCCACAAGUGUAAGAAGCGACAGAAAUCCACAAAGAAGUUCUGGAUCCAGAAGCUGCCAAAGGUUUUGUGUCUGCACCUAAAAAGGUUCCACUGGACAGCCUUUCUGAGAAACAAAGUGGACACCUACGUGGAAUUUCCACUGAGAGGCCUGGACAUGAGGGGCUACUUACUUGAGCCAGAGAAUUCAUUACCAGAACGGUGCCUGUAUGACCUUGUUGCUGUCGUAGUGCAUCAUGGAUCUGGGGUUGGAUCAGGGCAUUAUACAGCAUAUGGCAGCCACGAGAGCCGCUGGUACCACUUCAAUGACAGCACAGUGACUCUGACCAAUGAGGACGCAGUGAGGAAGGCCAAGGCCUACAUCCUGUUCUACGUGGAGAGGACUGAGCAGGGGGCAUCUGACAAGAGUGCCACAGACAGCACAGCCACUAACAAGCCUGCUGUGGACUCAGCAGCCGUGGACAGAGUUUCCUCAGAAGCAGUUGCUCAGGACACAGUUGCCACAGACGUGGUUUUGCUGGACGUGGCAGCAUCACACAUGAAUGCCCUCGACGUGGCGUCCCCAGAUAAUGCUGUGUUGGGAAAUGAGAGUGAAGACAUGGCUGAACUGCAUAACGCUGACACAGCUUCCAAGGAAGCUGCACUAGAUAGGGAUACCUCAGAAAAGGCUGCAACCGAGGAAGCCAGCCAAGCCAGCCAAGCUAUACAAGCCGUUGCACAAUGACUCUGUUAGACUGCCUCAGACCAGCUGGUCACUCCAGUUUGGCUUCACCUCAAUCACAUUUCUCACAGUGCUUGAUUUAAAUAGUUAAUUUUCACGUUUCAAUGUCUGUGCAACUAUUUUGUUUUUUAUGACCUGCAUGACAGCAUCAUGUAUAAUUUGCUGCUUGAGUUUUGUUUAGUAUGACAUUUUUCAUUUGUUUCCUUGAUGUUGUAUUCCUCAGUCAAGGUAGACUUCUCCAUAUGUAAUAGAUUCCAAAGGUGAUUGUUGAAAAUUAUGAAGUAAAGCUGUAGCCUUGGAAAACCUCAGUUGGUCCAAUGUUUAGCGUAGACUGAUGAGAUCGGUUGUGUCAAGACACUGUCAUUGUAACAAUAUUUGGUUUUUCUAUUGUUUUUAAAGUUUCUAAUUUUAUCAUUUCCACCUCUUCUUGAGAACCUCGUAGUUCUGUUAUCCAGUCAUUAGGGACGAUUUUAGCAAAUAGAAUGCAAUGCAUUUAUUUACUGACAAGUGCUCGGUAGUGCUUGAGAAAGUUGUCUCAACUUCUUGACCAGAACCAAUGUGAAAGAAAUGAUCAUUCUCAAAUUGUUUUGUUGUCUGUGUUGACGUUGGCGUAUAAUUUAACAUUUGGUGUUGAUCUGAAAUGGGCUUGGAAACGGGCCCUGGUGAAAUGCUCUUUUAAAAACAUAUAUCAGUGAUAAAAUACAACGAAGAAUCCUUUUUCAAAUGUUUGAUGUUUUUUGUUUUGGUUAUCAGCGGAAAACAUUUCCCCCUUCUCUGAACCCGACACAGCAAAUCCAUUACCACAGCCAGACAACAUCGAGCCGUUAAAACAUGAAGAGGGGUUUUUUGUUUCAUGUCAUUACUGUUUAAAGCUUUUAAACCUUUUUCAUCCACUAGGUGCUAAUGUGUUCUUUCGGUAAUCUUUUGGAAGAAGCUCCCAUUAUUAUGCAAUUAACUGAAGUCAGAAUUAUAAAAGCCUAAAAUCAUACGGCCACGUUGACUCCCUAGAUUUACAAAAUCCAAGUGGAUUCAGUUUGUUGUUAAAGACUUUGUUUAAAUUGAU